AAGCCUGGGGUUUAACUUUUGCUACCCACGAGAGGAGGAAGGAAGGAAAAAGCUCAAAGAGAAGUAAAAGCACAGCAAAAGACGAGUUCCGCCUACUCUAGCCUUCCAUGGUGUACUCUUUCUCACUCUGUCGCUCUCUCAUUCUCUCUCUCGCUCUCUUUCUUUCCGGAUCCUAAGGAAUGAAUUAGAAACUCUGUCCAAAGUGUUUUUUUGGUCUAAAGGCGGGAGUAGUCACAUUGCAAAGGACUGUACCUUCUUAAUGGGGCAAUAAAAAAUAGUUUUCCACUCUCCAUCUCUCCUUUUUUGGGCUGCACACUCCUUUUCUUGUGGGACCCUCCGUGGAGUAAUGCUCACGUGAGCUCUUGUUUUUACGGUGCCUCUGGCAGACCCUAGCCGAGCUCUCCGGGAGGGAAGGGGGAAGAACGAACACUCACGGACACAGAGAGAAACUUACUACCUGGGCCCCGGAGGAUUUUCCACUCAGUCAUGUGUGUUCCCAAAGAAGUUGCUGUUGCAAGAGCCCAACCCCAGAGUGGCAGUGUACCCCCCGUCACCCAGUGCCAAUGACCCAAACGUGGUUGGAUACAGCGCCCCCCCUGAUGGGACCUCGGUCAUAACCUCAGAGUCUUUGCUCUCAGGAAAGAAGAAGCGAGGGAGGGAGUUUGGUUCCUAUUCUGGGGAGGUGAAGACAAAUGAGGGAGGAGUGGAGGACAAAGCCCCCCGGCCGCCGGACAUGAACCCUGUGAUCAAUGCUACAACGGGCAGCACCGACAUGUCCCUUAUCAGUAGCUCACUGGCAGCCUACAACUGUAUAGCAGACCACCCAGAGCGAGCAGCGCUCUACUUUGUGUGCGGCGUGUGCCUGGGCCUUUUCCUCAUCCUGUUUGCUCUGGUGGUCCAGAUCUCGUGCCGCACCGACUGCCAGCCUCGCCGCCGCUGCCCCGGCACCACCACCAAGAACCGCCUGCGGCCCACCGACUCUUCAUCGGACUCCAGCGACUCAGACUCAGACUGGGAAACCACGUCGGAUCUAUCCGCGCGCCGCCACCGCCGCUUCGAGCGCACGCUCAACAUGAACGUGUUCACGUCUGCGGAAGAGCUGGAACGGGCACAGCGGCUGGAGGAGAGGGAGAGGAUCAUACGAGAGAUCUGGAUGAACGGUCAACCCGACAUACCCGGGACGCGUAGCCUCAACCGAUAUUAUUGAGGCAAGACCGUAAAUGAACCACUACUAGAUCUAGAUGAACCCGGGACGCGCAGCCUCAACCGCUAUUAUUGAGGCAGGACCGUAAAUUAACUUCUACUAGAUCUAGAAAGGGGGCUGUGAAGGUUGGAGUGCAGUACUUGAGAUGGGAUGUGUAGGACCACAAAUGCACCACUAGGGUUUGGGGAUAGGGGGAAGGGACCCCACCACCGGACCUGGUUUUCGGAGGUGUGCAUGACCACAAUAGGACGACUUUGGACUGUGGGGGUUUGGAACCGCACUAUGGAACAGUGACGCUUGCAGACCAGGAAGGAUAAAUAUCCCCCUCUUUCUGUCUGUCAGUCUGUGUCCGUGUGGGUACUGUAAAGCAAAAAAAACUAUGUUAAUGCAGUGAGAAUAAGCUCCUACUUCUCAGCAUGGUAAGCUUAACCCAGAGCCUGCCUCUCAUUGGUGGAGGCUGAAGGUGAAAGGUCAGCUAACUGCACUGCCUCACAUUUUACCUCAUCGCACCCUCCUGAAGUGGAGGAUCUUGGGAUGCUGAGGCUGUGAAGUCUGAAAGGUCAAAGGUGACUUAAGGACAGUUGCCAAUGUUACUCCUGUGUUGCCUAGUGGAUAUUGAGAAUUGGGCAAAUCUGAAAGCGUGCAGCUUGCUUUAUGCUCACUCACCCUCCAGUAUUCAAAUGGUCGAAUGGCUUUAGGAGAGGCGUAACACUUAUAGUUAAAAGGACAUCGUAACACUCAAAGUGAAACGGACAGCGUUACACAAAGUGAAACUUACAGCGUAACACUUACAGUAAAAUUGGACAGUGGGACAGUGGACCAACAACGUUACAAUCUUUAAUAGGAAAAUGACCAUGGUCAACCAACGCUGUCUUUUGAACUUUGAACCCAAAAUGUGUUUUUUGAAAUUCUACUCAAACAUUUUAUGAAAUCUAUUUUAUAUAAUAUUUAAUAGUUGUAUUGUUGUGUAUUUUUUUCUUUACGGUUAUUAUUAUGAGAUAUUUUUAUACUGCGGUUAUCAAAGCUUGUCUGGCACCUCAGGGAUGCAAUCCUAGGGGAGUCCAAAAUGGCACCCUAUUUCCUUUAUAGUGCUCUACUUUUGGCUAGAACCUUAUAAGGGUCUGGCAAAUCUCUGGCUAAAAUUAGUGCACAACAUAGGGAAUAGGGUGCAGUUUUGGAUGUAGCCCCUAGUGUUUCUGUGAAUGGUAGUUUCUAUUUGCUUCUUAAGAAGAGGAUUGGGGCCCGAAUUCAUUAAGCUUCUCAUUGUAGGAUUGCUGAUCUAGGAUCAGGUCCCCCAUGUCCAUGUAAUCUGAUUCAUUAUGAUAUAAAAGGCAAAACUGAUCCUAGAUCAACACUCUUACUCUGAGUCACUUCAUGAAUACAGUCCCUAUACAAUACUCCAGAUGUGUCAGCAUUUGAGCAUUGGGCCAGUAACCGAAAGGUUGCUGUAUCGAAUCCCCAAGCAGAUAAGGUACAAAUCUGUCGUUCAGCCCCUGAGCAAGGAAGUUAGCCCACUGUUCCCCGGGCACCGAAGACGUGGAUGUUGAUUAUGGCAGCCCCCCACACCUCUCUGAUUCAGAGGGGUUGAGUUAAAUGUGGAAGACACUUCAGUUAAAUGCUUUAAAUGUGUAAUUUUAAAAUUUGAAAGUUAAAUGUAGUUGUACAACUGACUAGGUAUCCCCCUUUCCCAUUUAUAAAAUAAAAAAACACCAUGUAAAACACCUCGAAGAGGUCAAGCGAUUUAAUAAGCUUAUUUCUUAUGUUUUAAUAUGCACAGUGCAGUGCCCUACCUGGCAACAAGGAUGUCUAUUGGUGGAAAAGGUAACCCAGUCAAGCUGUUAUAUUAGAAUCGAUCAAUCAAUUGCAAUAAUCUUUUUCUCACUUUGUCAAACAGGCUAGUGGCCAUAGGACUUGUCAAGACAGCACAAAAAGAUCUAGGACCACAGGCAAGGAAAUGGCUACAGAACAAAAUCCUGUUAAUUUGCCUACCAGUGAAAGAGCUUCCUAAAUAUUACUGUGGUCAUCAAUACUAGGGUUAACCCUCACAUGACACUGUUGGGCAAUCUGUCAGGUAUUAUUGUAAUGAUCAUGUUGUUAAUGAUAUAAGAUAUUAUCAAUACAGUUCAGUUGCACUGGGUGAACCGUAGGAAUCAUGGUUUAUCAUAAGAAGUUUGGGAUUUUCUUGACUGAGAGGUGAAAUGAGAAGUCAGUGAAGAAUCUUCACUCCAACUGCAAUCCUUUAUGUCUUUUUAUUGAAAAGGCUUGUCUUUCAAUUUGUAUGGGACAGAAAAUAUGCCAAUACAAUAGCUGGUAAGUGAGACCAAAAUAUAACUCCUGUGCUUGGAAUAAACUGUGUUGAAAAUAA